AUGUUUAAGGCUCUUGCAGUCGUAUUUAUUGCUGUUGUUGGUAUUGCUAGCGCAGCGAAUAGUAAAAAUAUUCAACGCGUUCACUCAAACUUCGGUGCUCCACAAGUACGUCUUGAUCUUUGCCCAACAUGUAUCAAUGCUGCUGAUCAAUCAAUUAAUAUUUUACUCAAUAUUAUUCUUGAUAGUGGUAUUAUUGGAACAUGUAGCACAUUAUGCUCCGCAUUAGCUCAAAAAACUGGUUCACAACUUCUUGGAACAAUCUGUGAUUUAGCUUGUGAUGUUUUUGGUAUUGAAGAAUUCAUCAAUUUAAUUGAAAAAGCUGAUCUCGAUCCAAUUUGGUAUUGUGAAAUGGCUAAAAUGUGUCCAAUUAACGACCAUGGUGAUGCUAAAAUUACCAAAUUUGCAGUUUUACCAGCUAGCGGACGACAAGGUACAACAUUCUCUAUUGACUUUACAUUCGUAUCAUUAAAUGGAACUGGUACUGGUGAAAUUGUUGUUGAAAUUCAUACACCAGAUAAGAUUCCACUUGGUGCUGGUUUCUUAUUAGAAGCUCAAAAACCUGGUACAUACAACGAACGAAUCACUGUUAAAGCUGAACCUGAUCCACAAUGUGAUCCAACACAAGAAGAAUGUGAACAAUGGUUACCAGGUACAUACAAUGUAACAAUCGCAGUUUGCAAUGGUGAAUGUGGUUCAAAACACCCCCAUUCACAAAUCUACGAUGAAGGCAAAAGUUCAUUUCAAAUUACUCAAUAA